AUGCAAGGAGAGAGUAAAAUAUUAGGUAUCCUCUUUGAGGACCACGUGUCAUUCGUGUGCUCUGAUCCUGUCCUCGGGGCCCGCCACGUCUGCUCUCUCCCCCUCCAUCUUCUGCACUUCUGUCUCUCUCCUCUCUCUUCUGUCUCUCCGCAGAAGCGCAGAGAGUUAUUUCUCCCCGCAGAGAGUUAUCUCGGAGAAACAGAUGCAUUCCUCCUGGAACCUGUCUACAAGAAAUCUAUCUGGAAAACUCUCGAAUUACCGGUUAGUCAUGUGAACGAGGAGCUGGUAUGCAAGAUGGUCAUAGAUGCCUGUGAAUCAGCUCUUUCAGGCUACCGCACCACAGUUGAACAGGACGAGAAGCUAAUUCAGGAAGGAAACCUUGGUUACAAACUUGAGAUAGCCGUGAGGGUUAGAGUAGGUGAGAAGCUGGUGUUGCAGCAAAUUGAGGGUAUUGUCAAGGAGAAGGAAGCUCAAUUGGAUAAAGCUUGAGUAUUACCAUGAGAGGAGAUUGAAGGAGCUUGGUCUGGUUGGCGAGGAAGGCGAAACUUAUUGCCAGCCUAAGAAGGAUUCUAUACCCACCUUAUAGAGCCGGUACGCAAGUUUAAUCUUGCCGUUGCCUUGAGGUUGUUUUAAAAGUAAGAAACAAACUGUAGAAACUUUUUCCUACUUCCGGAGUAAGCAAGGGAUGGUAAGCAAAAUCAGUGUAUUUAUCUGUUGUAUCAAGUCUUAAACAUUACAGACUCGGCUUAGAUGGAUCGACAAUUUGUGUACCGUACUCUGGCGAGUGGGUUCCAAUUUGGAUGAAGUUCUGAGGGAA